CACCAGAGCCGGUAACAGCGUGAGUGCUAGUCCUACCAGAACACAGGUGCAUAUCAGAGGGAACAGAAAGGAGAUAACAGUCAUCUAAGCUGGAAGACAUAACAAAGAGUUUCAUCAGGAUUACAAGUUUGGACAGAAAGUCCACUACCAGACAAAAAUAUCCCAAAUAAGGAGAAGCGAAACCAGAAAUGAAGAUGAACCUGUUAGUCAUCUUCGCCAUCGUAGCAGCGUGCAGCGUUGAUGUGGCUUUUUCACGGAGAGGGUCCAAAAAGAACUGGUCACCAAGAGCCACUAACAUAGAGAUGUGUAGGUCCGGAGAUGGGAGCAGUUACAGGGGACUUGUGUCCGAGUCGGCACGCGGCGGCAGAUGUCUCAGCUGGAACAGGUUUAGAAAUCCCUCAGGAGCUUCAAAGGGACUUGGUAACCAUAAUUACUGCAGGAAUCCUGACCAGAGCUUGAUGCCGUGGUGCCAUGUCCGAAGAGCAGGGAUGAUUGUGAGAGAAUUCUGCAACAUUCCCAGAUGUUCUACACCAACAGUGAAUCCCAAACCCGCUCCAGCUGUGGACACAGAGCUGACCUGUGGUGAGCGGUCUGAGCGGAGGAUGUAUAAGAUUGUGGGUGGGUCUUUCACACCUAUAGAGUCAAACCCUUGGGUGGCUGCUCUCUUUCAUCAACGCCACGGUUUCCUCUGUGGCGGCUCUCUCAUCUCACCGUGCUGGGUUCUCACAGCCGCACACUGCUUCCCUGAAGGUGAGGGGACUAACCUCCAGCAUCUGUCUGUAUACCUGGGGAAGAAUGCCAUCAAUGAGACGAAUGAGGACAGGGAGCAGACGUUCACUGUGGAAAAAGUGAUCAUCCACCAAAGAUUCAAUGAGUCCAACUUAAACAACGACAUAGCACUGGUGAAGAUCAGAAGCAGAAAUGGAGGAUGUGCGGUGAGGUCAGCAUCUGCUCGGACGGUGUGUCUUCCUCCAUUUCACUUUGAACUUCCUGCAGGGUUUCAGUGCAGCAUCGCAGGAUUUGGGAGGGAGAGAUACAUGGCGUGGUAUUACUCACAGUACCUGAAAGAAGCUGAGGUGAAUCUGCUCUCCCAGACUGACUGUAAAAGUAAAACGUACUAUGGAGAUCUAAUUACCAAGAACAUGUUCUGUGCUGGGAGCCCUGACUGGAGCACUGAUGCCUGCAAGGGUGACUCUGGUGGUCCGUUGGUGUGUGAGGCAUCAGGUCGAAUGUUCCUGUUCGGCGUGGUGAGCUGGGGUGAGGGCUGCGCCGCAAAGAACAAACCAGGGGUUUACACAAAAGUCACCAACUACAACAAGUGGAUCGCAGCAAAAACAGGACUCUCCAAAUUCACCCAAGGGUUCAUGUAUCCCACAAAGUGAAGCUGUGGCAAAAAGUCACCUUAAAGGAAAAUUUGUAGCUGAUGUGUGUCGCUGUUAAUGUACAGUUAAGAUACUUUUGCACAGUGAAGAUUUACAGAAACAGUUCUAAGUAUUUUUUUUAAAUAUGUUUUGCUAUAUAUAGUGUGUAAUACUUUUGUAUUAUUUGUGCAUGAGCUUUUCAUACUAAGAGUGUGGAUUUUUAAACAAGCUAUUAGAAAAGAAGUUUAUUUAUCUAAUUUAAUUUAAGAAGCAUUUCCUGUUGUAGAAG